UCGUGCGAGCGCCAUGCUGGAUCGACAAUGAUCGUAUUUUUCGUUUCUAUUAAAAACGAUCGUGUGCGUGUUCCCUUGUCGCGUUAAUUGAACAUCCUCCUGGCUCGAGACAAUUUCUCGAUAAUAAUUUGCAACGGGGGGUUGGGGGGGGAUGAAUGUUGAAUCGAUACGCGGGAUCUUCGUUUGUGACAGUUGACAAGAACGCGAAACAAUAUUGUUUAUCGAGUUACUGUGCUAACGAUAAGUGAAAAAUCAUGAAGAAUAUAAAUAAAUUGUGCGCUGGAAAAAACUAACCGUUCCUGGUGAAAUUCUCAUGCAACAGGAUUACUCGUAGCGGUGAUCUUCCUUUCGGAAACGUUGAAAUUGACAGACAGCUGCACUGAAAGAUUGCAAGACUGAAGACGUCUGAAACUACUCAAGGAUACUUCAGUGGUAGCUCGUUAACAGCUCGUCGAAGGUGAAAGCCGGGUCGAUAACGUUAUCAGGCCGCAAUAAUUGCAAGCCCUAUCUAAACGGGCGACGACGGUGACGACACGAGGAGAAAUGUUAGUGACCGCGUGUCAACAGGUGAUACGAUCCAACGUUGGAUCAGCUAGUUGAAAUCGUUGAAUGAGAGUGAAGAGGAAGAAGAAGAAGAAGAAGAAGAAGAGCAAGGACGUGUGCACGGUACGGUGGAUCGAUCCGGUAUAAGAGCGUGUACUGCUGAAACGUUUGGUCGCGCGAUAAGGUCACGUUCGCGUGUGCCGGCAGACAACAAUUGGUGAUAAGAGAAUCGAAAGAGAAACAGAAACAGAGAAAAGGGGGCCUCGUCUGGCGCCUUGUUCCUCGCUAAAGUGACGCGUCGCCUUGGCCAAUAAAACGACGACAGACGUUGGUAGAAGGAACGAAUCCGGGACAGCUGCUCCUCGAACACGCUAGCGGUGCUAGUCGCGUGUCUCGUUCGUUGGCCUCCUCUUUGCUUUCGUUCCGUUUCGAACCACCGAGUCUUCUACGUGUACAUAUAGCCGAGUCGCGUCGGGAAAAGAAGGAAGUGAUCUACGCUCGUGAGCCCGGAGAUUGAUAAGAAAGAGUGCUCGUUUCGUUGUGCACCGGUGAGAAAAGAAAAGGGAGAGUACGGUAGGAUCGAGGACGAUGACUCGAGCGAACUGAAAAGACGAACAGAGAGGAGGAUUCGUCAGGAUGAUGAUGGCACCGCAGGUGGUGGGUGUCCUGUUGAAGAAACCAGGACAACAGAGCCACCCACGUUUCCCACCGUUGGAUCCACAGGAGACGAAAAUAAGAGGCGAGCUGUACGUGGAGGACCUAGGCGAGAGAAGGAUCGUUUCCAUCAGAAUGGGUUGGCUUUGGGUCGAGGGUACUCCAAUGAGGCUACCAUUAAGGGCGUUGAACCUACGUCAAGCAGCACCCAGUUUGUGUCAACCUCACGCCCUGGCCCUUGGUUUUAUGUUGAGCAACUCGCAGAAUCGCAUCCUCGCAACAUUUUGGGCUGACACGGAGCCAAUCUACUGGUCGUGGGUAAGGGCAAUCGCGGCAGAAUUGGUCAGACAAACGCCUUUUCGAGCGCAGCGCUGUCUAAACUUCUUAGAGAUCCUGACCAUUUGUCCAAGAGGACCCGUUCCUCUUCCCGAUAGCCCAACCGAGUCCAGAAGACGUUCUAGAAGCGAAUUACGUUGUUGGCCAAGCGAUUCACCGCUAGAGAAGGACAGCAGGACCGCUACCAUACUCGAGGACUCGAGGCGAAGAGCAAGGAGCGAGUUGAGAGGAUGGUCCAGUAGUAAUUCCAGCGACGAGGACCUUCUCGGUGAUUUUCGUAGCAUACCAACGAUAAUAACGAAGGAUCCGCCUAUAACCAGGACCUGGGGAUGCAGCGAAAGUAGCGAAGGCAGUGACGAUAGUCUUCCUUGGGGAGGCGUAUGUCGUUCCAGCGUCGACUCGGUGGACUCUGCAGUGUCCAUCCCGGAACCAGAGACCAGAGAGCAAAGGAUCCAAAGGUACAAGGAAGCGAGAAGACGAGAAAACGAGGCGAGAAGCAGAAGAGUCCUGGAAGAGGACGCGAGAAGGCGGAAAGCUAGAGCCGAGGAGAACAAUAACGAUAUCUUGAAGACCUACGGUUCUGGUAGAUCCAGAAAUAGAAUUUAUGCCGGCAAUGACAACGACGAUUAUUGUCUAUCGUUGCUGAAGAAGGAGAACAACGCUUACGAUACAUCUAGACUGAAGAACGAGAAGAACGUGAACGACAGGCUGCCACCUGUGAAACCAAACGAGACCUCUUCGGUGAGAUUCGAGGAUGAUCAGAGGAACGAAGAUGACGAGAAGAACAACAACAGUCCGAAACAUGGUAACGCAAGUCCUGGGAUACUUCGAACGGAUAUCACCGAGAGAAGAAGCAGAGCCAGGGAGAGGAGAAGCGUCAGAGAAAAGGGACAACUGUUGCAGACACAACAGCUGACGAACACGAGCGUGGAAACCCUUCAGGAACGCAAGGAACGCUUGGCCCAAUUGUCGUCCAGGAUACCAGUGGCUCGUCAACUGUGUCUGAACUCUGUCAAACUAUCUGAAAACUUUAAUUCCACUCCUCUACCCAGGUCGUCCACUUCUCUGUCGGUCCUGACCGAACCACCCUGCGAAGAAGACGUGGCCAGACUGUUAGAACGAUGCCAAAGGGUGGAUCACUACGUGCCGGUUCGAGAGAAGCUGACGUUGUUCGAAUCUCUGUCGAGACUAGGUGGCCGACUGGCCAGAAGCACCGAAGAUCUGGGUCGAACAUCCUCGAAACCGAGUCCCAGAGGAAAACAACGCGCCAGAUCUCUUCACGAUCUGAAUCGAGGUGCCAGAGCCGUCCCCGUCAGAGAGAUGUGUCGUUUCUUCGAGGGCGAUGUGGAGCAAGAUCCAACUCAAAAGUCUGUCUCUCUUAGCAAAACGAGGUUCAGUGACCCUGUGACACCCACGAGAAAUACGUGGAAGGACAGUUCGAAUGUGAAGGGUAACGAGGCACCUUGCGUUAGGUCGUCUACUAGAAAGAAACACUACUUGAAGUAGCUUAGAACCUUUAGAGAAUAUCUUUGUUCAGUCGUACCCUGGUGGUUUGUUCUUUCUUCAAGGGUGUUUCUUGAUAAAUUGCUAGCUUUCGAAAGCUGGUCUUUUCGAAGAAUAUGAUCAGGUUGGAAUGCACCAGGGUGUUGUGAAAUUUUGGAAAUUCGAACGCCAUGUUCUUUCAGAUUCUAAACGGUUCGGCCUCGCACUUGAAGAGUAGCUAAACAGGAUCAAUAUUUAUCAACGGUUUAGCCUCGAAUACGCUCUGUUGACCGCGACGAAUCGUCAUACUCGUGUCGGGAGAAAGUCGCUGCCCGGAGCAGCCUUUUUGUUCUUCAGGAUCCGAACUGUGCUCGAUUCUCGCCGCGACUAAACUUCCGUUCGACUAUCGAUACCAACAGCCAUUAUGACGCGUUUACAAGAAAAAUCAAGCCGAAAAUUCAAUUUGAUUUCGUGAAUUUUCUACUUUUCAUUGUUUAUUUAUUUCGUUUGUUAGGUGGGACGAAGAGCAUAUCAAAUGACAAUUGAUCCUCCAGCCACGGAUGAUCAACAUUUAUAAUUAUUAAUUUUGUACAUAAAGAGAAUGUGUUCGUUUUCAUCUGUUCGCGAGUACCUGAGAAAAGUUUGCGUUUUAUUGAUCGCGAGAGAGUUGUAAAUAAUUUCGAAUAUCCGUCUAUACGAGGAACGCGCAAACUAAUGUCCACUUCCGUUCGCUUCCAAUCGGGACGAUCAUUUCCGUUCGUGUUUCUCCCCUGCUCUCUCGUUCCUCUUUUUCUCGGUGGGUUCAAUUGGGUCGUGCGAACGGUUCUUCAACCAUAAAUACACACCAUGUCUCGCAACUUGGUUGUCUGUAUAAAUUAAUUGCAAGGAAACUGGUUGAAGAUACAAAGAACUAACAAUUUUAAUUUUCUUUUCUUUGUUUGCAAGCGGCGAGAAAAAGCGUGUUCGGUAGCGACCUAUCGAUUAUCGAUAGUUUCGAAUCGUUGAAUUAGAGUUGAAACUAAUAAAGUGCCAAAAAAUGUUACGUUUUCUCGAAGAACAGGACGAGAAUCCAUAGAUAAAAAAGAAAGGAACGAAUAAAUUUCUGUAAAUACUUAUUUGUUUUAGGAUUAAAUUGUUCGUACGAGAAAGAAAGAAAAUGAAUACUUCGUUGUUUCGUGUUUCGUGUCUCUAUUAUUCGAGAUCGCAGGAAAGAUGACUGAUAACGGAGUGAUCUUUUUUGCGAUCUACAAAACGAUUAUUUAUUUAUAUAUGUAUAGAAACGUGUUAGCGAUAGUCGUGUUAGGUUGAUUCUAUAAGGAUCUUGAUCGUAAAUUCGACAGAUUUUGUUGUACGGUAAAUUAAUCAAUUCAGAACGAAGAGUCGCCUUCGCAAAUCAUAGAUUCACCCUCUUAUUUUCGUAUUUUCUCGAUGGGGUAGAAACGUUGCUCGCGUAUUCCACUGAAAACUAUGUACGAUUUGCGAUUCCGUGUGCUUUGUGUAUAAAACUGUAAACUUACGAAAGUAUAAUGGAAAGGAUAAUAUUAAUAGGAUGAUCGAUAACAGGAAUGAUUAUCUAAACUGACGACGAAUCGAUCGGGCCUUGUUGAUUAAAUAUUAAGCGUUUGAAAAAUUUCUAGCUGUUCAACUAGUUAAUUGUUUUCAUAUUAUUUUAUCUCUGUUGCUUACUAUCCGAAAGAAUAAUCAUCCAAGGAAAAAGAGAAAUUGAAAGAAAAGGAUUUGUAAGGGUGCAGCGAGGUUCGAUCGAGACGUCGCGUCGAUGCAAGCCGACGGCCGUGUUACAGGGUGAACGGAGGAACAACCCCUUUGCACUCGGAUAUCUUAUCCUGGAAGGAUACAUUCUUUCUCUUGCCAAUAAAUAGAAUGCUAUUCUGUGCAAGGUAUAAGAGAAGCACGUGGUGCUGGCACAGGUCGAUGAACAAGCAAGCCUGUCUGUAAAAAAUGAAACGAUUCCGAGCGGUUGGACGGGCGAACGUGAGAAGUCAUCCAAGCGCAGAGGGUUGCCCUGUCGAGCGGGUGAAAAAAUGGAAAAACUCGAGCCGGAGAAGAUGAAGAAGACGUUGCUCUUCUUCUGCGGAAACCCUGUAAAACCGGUCGAUCGCCAAAGAGUCCUCUAGUCCCCCGGUCGGAGAAAUCCGAAAACAUUAUAAUAUACACGUGUAUCCCUCUUGAUCGUCUGUUAACCCCUUACGCGUCCAAUAAAAUAUAUCGAAAAAUUUCGAACCGUCUUUCUCUUCUAAUCUUUGCACGUUUAUUAAUACUACAGGGCAUGCAAAGGAUGGAAUAAAUUAUGAUUAUGGCAAUCGCGUAAAGGGUUAACGUAACAACAACAACCUCUUUGAUCCUUGUAAUAAAACAAUCUAUACGUGUUCUACGGUAACCAUACACACACAUACACAGAUAGUCCGACAGAUUUGUAUUUUACGUUUGUUGUAAUAAAAAGAAGGGACGAAUAAUGGCCGUUACAUAAAAGUGAUUGUCGUUAGAAAGUUCAACGAAAAGGCCUUGGCCAAUCUCA